AUGGUGAAUUUGAGGAGUAUGCGCUUACUUGUCUUUCUGCGGUUUCGUCCGAUGAUAAUGGUCGGGAGGGAAAUGAAUUGGGGAGGGAUUGUGCUGGACUGGGGUACCACCAUGAUAAGUAGGGUUAGUCUUACUCUUACUGGGCUGGGCUGUAUCGGGAUAGUAUCAUGGGAGAGUAGGUGUGUUCGCUGCGCCGGUGAGUGCUGUGAAUGUGGUGAUGAUGUGAAGCAUCCCACUGGUGUGGAGUACAAAAAGGGUGAAGCCAAGCCCCAUGGUCGAUGCAAGUGCAUUAACAGGCCUAUCUCAGAUGAAGCAUUUAACAAGUUUAUCGUUGUGCGUGAUGAGGAUUCCCUGGAGGCGGAGGAGGCUAGGGUGAGACGGCAAUUCAGGAUACGCAGCAUAGCAGAUGGCCAUGGAGCGAGGGGCAAAUACAUCGUACCGGCGAAACGUGUGCAAGCAUAG